GAUUUCCCAUUCCUGGCUUCUCUGUCAGCCCAGAGAGACUGAGUGAAGAAGAAAUAUUUCCACACAUACCAGGCUGGCCUUCUGCUGUUUGUCAGUUUUGCUGUCUGUGAUUGUCUGAAAUCAGUUUCCGGUGAGACUCUGGGAAAUGCAGGUACGGAGGCCCGGGUAACAGCUGCCAUCUUCAGGCCUGGGUACCUGCUUUCCCGAGUCUGUGUCUCAAGGCUGUGUGCUCAGACAUGACCAUGUUUGGGCAUAGAGGCUCGUCCCAGAUGGGGACCAAGGGCUGCUUCCCUGGAGACAGGCUGGGACUUUCUGCUGGAUUUCUGUGGCCUUUUUUCGGGUGGGAGUUGGGGGCCAGGCAGAAAGAAACUGUCUGCCAGCCAAAAACCCACAGGGCACAGGGAGACUAAAUGACUGCUGCCCCCAGUGGACAUGGGGAAGAAGCUGGUGAUGGCCCAGAAGCGAGGAGAGACUCGGGCCCUUUGCCUGGGUGUGGCCAUGGUGGCGUGUGCUGUCAUCACCUACUACAUCCUGGGCACGACCGUGCUGCCCCUCUACCAGAAAAGUGUGUGGACCCAGGAAUCUACGUGCCACCUGAUUGAGACCAACAUCAGGGACCAGGAGGAACUGGAAGGCAAGAAAGUGCCCCAGUACCCCUGCCUGUGGGUCAACGUGUCAGCUGUGGGCAGGUGGGCUGUGCUGUACCACACAGAGGACACUCGGGAUCAGAACCAGCAGUGCUCCUACAUCCCAGGCAGCCUGGACAACUACCAGACGGCGCGGGCCGACGUGGAGGAGGUCAGAGCCAAAUUCCACAAGCACCAGGAUUUCUACUGCUUCUCAACGACUCAGGAGAAUGAGACCAGUGUGCUAUACAGGCGCCUGUAUGGGCCCCAGGCUCUCCUCUUCUCCCUGUUCUGGCCUACCUUCCUGCUGACUGGCGGCCUCCUCAUUAUCGCUAUGGUGAAGCUUAACCAGUCCCUAUCCAUCCUGGCGGCUCAGAAGUAGACCCGUCUAGGCCACACCACGGCCUGGACCACAGGGCACAGGGUGGGACCCCAGGGCUGUUCCCUGCUGCCAUUCCCAUGACUACCCCACCUCCCCCCCUGCUCUUCCCUUCCACUCUACCCUGUCUUCUUCACCUGGUUGACCUUUGGGGAAUCCUUUUGUUAAGUCAUUUCCUGCUCAAGAAUAUGCAAUGGCUCCCUAGUGCCUUAGAGGACACAAGAUGGCCAGUUACAGCUCUCUAGUCAACUGACUCAUACUUGUUUCCGACAGUGUCACUGUGUACCCCACAGACAAUGAUGAUUGUUACCUCUGUGCCUGUGUUUUCUCUGUUAGCUCAAAAGGGCUGCCUAUCCCACCCAGGAAGCUGUCCUUAGCAAACCUCAAUUCUUUCUUUGAAUCCCAUAAUAAAAACAAUAGCAGCUCCCCUUU